GGAAGCAGAAUCCAAGCGAGUGGCAGUAGUCCCCAGCUGAGACCCGUUCCUCUCUGCCUGAAUCCCGGCGCCCUCCGUUUUGUGACCUUGUCCAGUAGAAGGCUAUUUCUUACAACUGCUCAAGCUUUGACAUACAAGAUGAAGCAAGAUGCCACAAGAAAUGCAGCCUACACUGUGGAUUGUGAAGAUUAUGUGCAUGUAGUAGAAUUUAAUCCCUUUGACAGCGGGGAUUCUGGAAACCUAAUUGCAUAUGGUGGCAAUAAUUACGUGGUCAUUGGGAUAUGUACUUUUCAGGAGGAAGAAGCAGACGUUGAAGGGCUUCAGUAUAAAACACUACAAACAAUUCACCAUGGAGUCCGGGUCGAUGGCAUAGCUUGGAGCCCAGAGAGUAGACUUGAUUCGUUGCCUCCGGUAAUCAGAUUUUGUACUUCAGCUGCUGAUAUGAAAAUUAGAUUGUUUACCUCAGAUCUGAAAGAUAAAACUGAAUAUAAGGUUUUAGAGGGCCAUACAGAUUUCAUUAAUGGUUUGGUGUUUGAUCCCAAAGAAGGCCAAGGAAUUGCAAGUGUGAGUGAUGAUCAUACCUGCAGGAUUUGGAACUUGGAAGGAAUGCAGACGUCUCACUUUGUUCUUAAUUCCCCAGGGAUGAGUGUGUGCUGGCAUCCAGAGGAAACUUUUAAGCUGAUGGUUGCCGAGAAGAAUGGAACAAUCCGAUUUUAUGAUCUUACAGCCCAACAGGCUAUUUUAUCUCUUGAAUCAGAACAGAUGCCAUUAAUGUCAGCACACUGGUGCUUAAAAAACACCUUCAAAGUUGGAGCUGUUGCAGGAAAUGACUGGUUAAUUUGGGAUAUCACUCGUUCCAGUUACCCUCAAGUUAAGAGACCUGUCCACAUGGAUCGAGCCUGCAUCUUUAGGUGGUCCACAAUUAAUGAAUACUUGUUUGCAACCACUGGUUAUCCUGGCAAAAUGGCAAGCCAGUUCCAAAUUCAUCAUUUAGGACACCCUCAGCCCAUCCUCAUUGGUUCUGUUGCCGUUGGAUCUGGCCUUUCCUGGCAUAGAACUCUCCCACUGUGUGUAGUUGGAGGAGACCAUAAGCUGUCGUUCUGGGUAACUGAGAUGUAAAAUAAAUUUUCUGUCUAGUUUAGAUCCAUGAGCUUUGUAUUUUUCGUAUAUAUUCUGGAGGAUGCCUUAUUUUUAUAUCAAAUACUCUAUAAGCUCUAGAAAUGUCCCAGUUGUUUUUGUUAAAUAAAAUGUCAGCGGUUUGAAAUGUUA